CUUCCCAUUUUGAACUUCCCAGCAUCCGUAGAAAGGCUGGCAGCCCGUUUGUUUUGGCUGUGUUGUUGAUUAAGAGGCAUUUGCUGUCAGGUCGAAAUCCUGAUUUAAGCUGUGGCAUCAUGUCUUCCAAAAGUGAGCUGAAAGCGGAGCUUGAAAGGAAGAAGCAAAAGUUGGCACAAAUCCGAGAGGAGAAGAAAAUAAAAGAGGAGGAGCGCAGAAAGAAAGAGGCGGAACAGUUAAAAGAUGCUGCCCCUCAUCAGGAUGAUUCUGACCUCGAGAGAAAAAGACGAGAGACUGAGGCUUAUCUACAGAGUAUGGGUUUAACCUCAGAUGUUCCUGUUGCCCCUCCUCCCACAUCUCCAACAACCAAAUCUGCGGGAACCCCAAGUGAGGCAGGGAGCCAAGACUCUGAUGGAGCUGUGGGACCCAGGACUCUGCACUGGGACUCUGACCCGUCCACUCUUCAACUUCACUCUGAUUCUGAGCUGGGGCGUGCGACUCCAAAACUGGGAAUGGCCAAAGUCACACAGGUGGACUUCCCGCCCCGUGAAACUGUGUCCUACACAAAAGAGACCCAGACACCUGUCAUGACCCUGCAAAAAGAAGAAGAAGAAGAAGAAGAAGAAGCUGCUCCACCUCAACCUGUGAUCGAGACUCAGACCGAGAAGCCGGACCAGAGAGAGGAGGAGGAAGCUUCCCCCCACGAGCUGACAGAAGAGGAGAAACUCCAGAUCCUGCACUCUGACGAGUUUGUGAACUUCUUCGACCACAGCACUCGCAUCAUCGAGCGAGCUCUCUCAGAGCACGUGGAUCUCUUCUUUGACUACAGCGGCCGUGACCUGGAGGAGAAGGAGGGUGAAAUCCAGGCCGGAGCAAAGCUCUCGCUCAACAGACAGUUCAUGGAUGAGCGCUGGUCUAAGCAUCGUGUCGUCACCUGUCUGGACUGGUCCCUCCAGUAUCCUGAACUCCUUGUUGCCUCGUACAACAACAACGAGGAAGCUCCUCACGAGCCAGACGGCGUGGCCUUAGUGUGGAACAUGAAGUACAAGAAGGCGACGCCGGAGUACGUCUUCCACUGUCAGUCAGCUGUUAUGUCGGCUGCGUUUGCAAAGUUCCACCCUAAUGUUGUGGUUGGGGGCACCUACUCCGGGCAGAUUGUUCUGUGGGACAACAGGAGCAACAAGAGGACCCCGGUGCAGAGGACUCCCUUGUCGGCAGCAGCACAUACGCACCCAGUCUACUGCGUGAAUGUGGUUGGCACCCAGAACGCCAACAACCUGAUUAGCAUCUCCACUGACGGCAAGAUGUGCUCGUGGAGUCUGGACAUGCUCUCUCAGCCACAGGACAGCAUGGAGCUGGUGUUCAAGCAGUCCAAAGCCGUAGCUGUCACCUCCAUGUCUUUCCCCCUCGGAGACGUCAACAACUUCGUGGUGGGCAGCGAGGACGGUUCAGUGUACAUGUCAUGUCGUCAUGGAAGCAAAGCGGGCAUCAGUGAGAUGUUCGAGGGCCACCAGGGGCCCAUCACAGGGAUCCACUGCCACACAGCUCCUGGGCCUCUGGACUUCUCCCACCUGUUUGUGACCUCCUCUUUUGACUGGACCGUUAAGCUGUGGAGCACCAAGAAUAACAAGCCCCUCUACUCGUUUGAAGAUAACUCGGAUUACGUGUAUGAUGUCAUGUGGUCUCCCACUCACCCUGCUCUGUUUGCUUGUGUUGACGGAGUCGGCCAUCUUGACCUCUGGAACCUCAACAACGACACGGAGGUUCCUACGGCCAGCGUCACAGUAGACGGUAACCCGGCCCUCAACAGGGUCCGAUGGGCUCAUUCAGGCAGAGAGAUCGCUGUUGGAGACUCCGAUGGGCGAGUUCUUGUGUACGAUGUCGGAGAGCAAACUUCUGUUCCACGCAACGACGAGUGGACCCGCUUUGUACGCACGCUGGCAGAGAUCAACGAGAACCGAGACGACGCAGAGGAGCUGGCAGCUCAGCGCCUGGCCGCCUGAUCCACUCACUGUGCACGAGAUGUUUAAGGGACCAGUGCUUGUUUUAUUAUCAGCCUCAAUGUGAGGAGUAGGACAGAUGUGGUGACAACAGGACAGAGGAAACGUCUUUUUGUUUAUUCCUCUCUCUUAUUCAACAACACUGCUGAGAAGGCAGCCACUACGCUGGCUUUCUCAGCAAUCUGGAGGGUCUUUGUUUGGAUUAUCAGAAGCGACAGGGCUAUCAACCUCAGACACUUACAGAAAGCCAUAUUCACAAACACAGACAGGUCAUCCUGUUUCUAGCCAGAUGCCUUAAACUUUCAUUUUUUCUCGAUUGUAAAAUCCAUCCAUUUCUACCAAAGUUUGAGUAAAAAGCAAUCACAUCUUGAAAACACCUGGGAAUGUAAUCCUACUAUCACUGUCGCCCAUGUUGCCACCUGUUCCUUUAAGACUGAUGACUGGAAUUUUUCCCCAGCUUGUAAAAUACUGAUAUAUCAAAAUUCAAAUUUCUUUCUACUUCUGUAUAGUUCUAUAAUGCACUAGUUCUGACUUAUGUAGUGGUGCUGGUUAGAGUUGAGAUAGUAGGGAUAUAAUAAAUGCCUGAGAAGAUGAUCAUGUAUGCUGUUACUGCUCGGUGAUUUGUGUCAUGUACGUCAGAGGGGUCUUAACAAGAGAUCGCUCGUCUCCUGAAGCUUGGUGUUGAAACUGAGAAUGUAAUUUUCACACAGAAGAAAACAGUUUGAUUGAUUUAUUUCAAUAAAAUACAAUAAAUACAUUUAAAUUA